AUGGCAGACUGGCAUCCCUCUUCAUGGAAAUCGAGGUCAGCCGCUCAGAUGGUGGAUUACCCUAACCAACAGCAUCUCCAAAGAGUCUUGACAAAAAUAAAUGCUCUACCCCCUCUCGUAACGCCCGCAGAGAUCGAGCGCCUUCGCUUCCAGUUGGCUGCUGUGCAACGGAAUGAAGCCUUCUUGCUCCAUGCGGGAGAUUGCGCAGAAAGUUUCGACGCUUGUACUCAACAAAACAUAUCAGCAAAGAUCGGGUUGAUACUUUCGUUUUCUCUCAUACUGAUUUGGGGUGGACGUCUCCCAGUGGUACGCAUUGGACGUAUUGCUGGGCAAUAUGCUAAACCCAGGAGCAGCGGGACAGAAAUAAUUGACAAUAGAGAAGUUUUGAGUUUCCGCGGUGACAACGUUAAUGGCGUUGAUCCUAAUGAUCGAACCCCGGAUCCUGAAAGGCUCCUCAGUGCCUACUUUCAUUCCACUGCUACCCUCAAUUACGUUCGUGGGCUUCUCACAUCCGGAUUUGCUUCAUUGCAUCACCCGCGGGAUUGGUCACUCUCACAUGUCCGUUCGCCCGCAUUACGGAGCGAGUUUGAAAAGAUCACUCAAGGUCUUUCUGACGCACUCGACUUCAGCCACACGAUAGGCGCUGACUCUGGUAGAGAGAGUGUGCCCUUUGACCGGGGCGGUGGUCGAGGUGUUCUAGGCGAGAUUGAUUUCUACACGAGUAUGGCAGAUCAAGUUAAUGGGAUCGGGAAUUGCAGCCAUGAAGGGUUAAUGCUCGACUGGGAGCAAGCAAUGACACGGGAAGUCGAUAUCGUCGGGUCAGGGCUGCCGUCUGCGAAGGAAAAGGGCUUCUACAAUACUUCCGCCCACUUUUUAUGGGUUGGUGACCGUACGCGACAACUUGAUGGCGCCCAUAUCGAAUAUUUCCGAGGUAUCCGCAAUCCCAUCGGCAUCAAGGUCGGGCCUUCAUUAGAGAAUGCGGAGUUAAUCAAGCUCCUACAAAUCGUAAAUCCAAACAAAGAGGGUGGUCGCGUGACACUCAUCACUAGGUACGGGGCAGGCAAAAUCGGGGACCACCUCGCUGGCCAUAUUGAUGCUGUUAAGCGCGCUCAACACCCGGUCGUAUGGGUGUGUGAUCCUAUGCACGGAAACACACUUACUUCCAGCAGUGGCUUCAAAACGCGUAACUUUGGGACCAUCAUCAGUGAGCUGACUUCCUGCAUCAGUAUCCACGCUGCAUGUGGUUCUCGGCUCGGCGGAGUCAGUCUUGAGUUCACAGGCGAGCUUAACGACGAAGGCUUCAGCGUGACGGAGUGUCUUGGGGGAAGUAUGGAGCUCAGCGAAGAACAAUUGGGGCUCAGGUACCAGUCGUUCUGUGACCCUCGACUCAAUUUCGAGCAAUCACUUGACGUCGCCUUUCUUAUAUCGAAUUACUUCAAAGAGGAAAGAUUUGGUGACAAAGGAGAAAACGGUAUUUAUGCCGCCCUUGGAGGAAGAAACACAGUCUGA